AUGGUCUGCCUUCCUUGUAUUUUCCUACCGGUUUUAAUGUUCAUUUAUCUCAAGUUUAUCCAGCCAUAUGUAUACAGAAUCCUUCCUGACCGCAUCGUUCACCUUCUUGAUCCGAUAUUGUACCCAACAUGUCCUGUACAGGUUCCAGAAUCUUCGGUGAAUAAAGAGACAGAAUCUGAGAAGCCGUGCUGCUCCGCUGGUGGUGAGGAAACAAAAAAGGAAAAGUAA